AGGGGAGUCACUAGCCUAAUUAAACUCACCUGUGGCAGAAGUAUCCCUAUAGUAACACUGGCACAACGACAUGAGCUUCGAAAUAUCUUUCGAGGACGCUGUUAUCAACAACAAUGUUGCAGCCAUUUCGGAUGCACUUAUUAGAGAGAAAGCCUCCAAGUCGCUGGUCAGCCGACUCAACCAAGUUGCGUACAAGGAACUCGAUAGAAAAGAGUUCAAAAGCGUCAGUAUGCUUUUGACUGCCAUUGAAGAUGUAUGCAAGAGGAAUGAAGACUGCUUUAACUGCCUGUCCAGACAAGGUCUCUUCUACCAGAUGUUGAUGUGGUUCGAAAAAGCUGUAGAAAUUAUGAAAAUGGACAAAAACAAAGGGGGCAAGGAACUUUCCAGACUGAUCGAGGCGUUCUACGAUCUUUUCCUGCGUUUGUCUCCUUCUGUGGAAGACAGAAGUCAGUUGACAAGUGUCUUCCUUCUGCGUGUUGGGGUGGUCGGAACGAACCCUGACAUCCCGUUUGGUCUCAGAUUAGAGGCUAUAAGGACUAUAAACACUCUCCUUGAUGGUACCCAAAAAGAAGAAAGAAAGAAGUUAAAUCUCUCCAAAGAUCAUUGUCUCCUCCUUGAGCAAUUUGCCAAAGUUAUUCUCAAUGUGGGCGACUUUGAGAUGCAGGUGGCACUAACUGAAGCACUCUGUCGGAUGACCGUGAAGAAGUCCAGGGAAGAGCUGGCCAACAAGUGGUUUGCCAACCCAGUUUUUGCAGAGGGCUUCAACGCAAUUAAGGAUGGAGAAUUUGAGACCGACUGCAGAAAUUUCCUCAAUGAUCUCAACAGCUAUUUUGGGGAUGAACGAAGGGUUUUUACAUUUCCCUGCCUCAAAGUGUUUCUGGAGACCACUGAGCUGUUCAAGCCACUGGACGAGAACCUGAAAGAAUUCUGGGUGGACUUCAACCUGGGCUCGCACAACAUCAGCUUCUUUGUCAACAACCCUGAGUGUUUACUGUGGGAGUCAAUCCAUGUGGAUAGGGUAGAUGUCCUGAAUUACAGUUUGUGUGACUGUGACGAGCGGACCGUUCUGACUGUUCACCUUUCCAAGCCCAUCGCCCACUGCAACACCAAAGGACGAAUGGUGCAGAUCAGCUUUGAUUCCAAGCAUGACAUCUUGGACGCUGCCAAGAGGGUCUUUGAAAGCAGGCGACUGCUGCAAAACAUGCCUUCAGAUGGACAUGCAUCGCUACAGCACGUCGCAGAGACUAGGCAUUCAGAUCUUGGUGUGCCAGUUGCAGUGGAGAGCUCCUUACUGUCCCCUGCGGGCAGCGCUGAGACUCCAGGAGCAACCCAGUUGUCUAGGACCAGUCUGACUCAGGAAAGUGAAACCACAGCGGCAGACGUUUUUAAAUUGGAUAGCAGCUCCAACGCUGAGGUGACGAGGGCCAAAGCCAGGCGGUUCAACAUUCAGUUCCUCUCCUCUGGCGGGUCUUCACCCCACUCCGACUCAACCAAGAAGGAGAAAAAGAAGCAAAAGUCCAUAUCCAAGGGUUCUCCCAGUACCCUUCUGGAAGCAAUCCAGGUCCAGCAGACCCAUUACAGUUACACCAGGAAGAAGCCCAAAACCAAGAGCAAGCUGAAGAGUGAGCCUGUUCAACCCCGCCUCCCCUCACACCCAUUCAUUAUGUUUGAGUGUGCUGAGCUGCCCUGGUCUAGUAGACACCCUGCUGUAGCCACCCCCCCCCCCACUCUCUCUACAGUUCUCCCGCUGUCCUCUCCUAGCAGUGACGACGAGGCCUUUGUGGUCAAGCACUUUGGCACUAGGUCAGCAGAGGAAUCAAGUAAUGGCACAGUAGAGGAGCUGUUCGACCAGCUCAGUCCGGAAGAACCUCUGGAGUCCAACGUGAUAUCACGAGAUUCAGGCUUCCCUGAUGUGACUGGGGACGGCUGGCAUGAUUCAGUAUUUCUAAAGGAGGAGCCAAUGGAGUCCACGCCUAAGGGCCAUCUUCCCAACGAGAAGGCUGCAACAUCCAGGAAGAGGGCUCUCGUCUCAGAUUCUUGGGGUGUGGCGGGGAAGAUGCCUGCCCCACCAGAGAGGGAUCCAGAAAGGACCGUGUCACCUCCGAGUUGGAGACCUAGGGCUGCUUUCACCUCAGGCGCUCUAGAGGAGGCUACUGAAUCCAUGACCAGAGUGCUGAGCGAGGAGGUGGAUUCGGAGACCAAGCUGGGCUCGGGAGUCCUCACUGCUUUCCAGAACUUCAAGCAACAGCUGAGAGAGCACUUCUUGGCCAGAUACAAGCAGAUUGAAGCCCACUCCCUGCAGUCUCUCACUGACUGUCAGAAACACGUAACCUCCCUCCUGGGUGCGGUUCACAACAACCGACUGAGCCACCUGGAGCGCUUCCAGGUCACUGUAGUCCAGGAGCUGGGCCGGCUGGAGAAUGAUUGCAUCUCGCUCAAGGAGAUCGAGAGGGAAACUGUGGACUUUUGGCAGAGUGAGUCUCAGUCUGUACGGUCGUUCUGCGAAAGGCAACAGGAAAGGUUGGAUUCCCUGGGAGAGCCCAGUGAGAGACGGAGGAGCAGCACUUCCUGGGAGGCAGCAGCCCCCUCGGAGCCUUCAUCAUAGAGAAGUGCUGACAGAGAUGCUGGAUGCUCUCCAUCGCCCCCACCUCUGACUUUAAUACUGACAUUGAACAUGAGUAAAGGCAUUUAACACCUGGCUCAUUGACAGGUCCCAUCUUACAAGUCUUAUUUCAGGCACUCCACAAGAUCUGCAGACUAUCUUAAACGUAGCUAAAAUAUGAUGAACUGAUUGAUAGCAGGAAGUUAAUGGGCAGAAUAUUACAUGCUUGGAUACAAAAGCAGGAGAGACAUGCAUUCUUUUUUU